AAAAAGGCCUGACAUUGAGAAUAUAGAAUAGAGUAGAUGAGGAUAAUAUGAAUUGGAGAGGUUGGCUUGGCUGAGUUUGUGCUAAAGCAGAACAUUACCAACCAGUAUGUUUUGCAUUCACUCGGGAAACUGAAAAAUGUGGGCAUAUAUUCAUGUUCUUCAUGAGCUCUUCAACUGUUUUAUGCGACAGCUUAAUCUUUUUUAAUCAGAAACUGCUUUUGAACUCUUUCGUCUCGCAUGGUUCAUCCAACUUUGUGAUUCAGUUGGGCAGCAAAACGAGGCGGCUUAAUGGAUUCAUUUCAAAAGCGGAAAAGCAUAGUGGGCAUUCAAGGAAGAGCAGUUGGUGGCAGAAAUUCUUUUUCGAAGAUGAUGGGAAUUGGCUUGGUCUGAGGGACGAGGAUAUGGUGGAUACUGAGGCUGAGGUCGUGGCUGCUGGCGAGGCUGAGAGCACACAAGAGUUAUCAGAGGGCGAGAAGUUUGAGGCAUGGAAGCAAAGAGCUGAAGCAAUUGUGGAGUUAAGAGAGGCCCAAGAAGAUAGGAAGAACCAAGAGUAUAGGAAAUGGGAAGACUGGCUUUUGGAUGGGGACGGGAUUAGUCGGGAGGGUAACACUUCCUCUUCGGAUUGGGAGCAGGGCAUGAAGGAUUAUAGGGAUAAUGUGCGAGAUGAUUCCGGUGAUCUUCCCGCCGACAAGGGGUUGGUAGAGUCCGCUAGGUAUUUGAUUUUUGGAGGAGAAGAUGAGGACAUGCUUUAUGAAGAUCGUGUUUUCCAGUAUGCCUCAUCAAAUUCGGCAAAAUUUUUGGCAGUGUUGAUUAUUGUACCUUGGGCAAUGGAUUUUCUGGUUCAUGACUACAUACUUAUGCCAUUUUUAGACAGAUAUGUGAAGACUGUACCACUUGCAGCACAAAUGCUUGAUGUAAGAAGAUAUCAAAAACUUGAAAUAGUUGAAGAACUAAAAACUGAGAGGGGACGGUUUGAGCUUGAGGUCGAGAUUGGUAAAUCUCCACCUCUUUCUGAUGAUGAGGUUUGGUGGGAAUUAAGACAUAAAGCAUUAGAGUUGAGGGAAGAGCGGAGACAGGAAAAUCGCAGAGCAUUUGCCAACAUAUGGUCAGAUACAGUUUACGGGAUCUCUUUAUUUAUUCUUUUAUACUUCAAUAAGAGUAAAGUAGCCUUGCUCAAAUUUACAGGUUAUAAAAUUAUCAAUAAUAUUUCAGACACCGGGAAGGCUUUUCUAAUUAUACUGAUCACAGAUAUAUUCUUAGGGUAUCAUUCUGAAUCUGGUUGGCAAACUUUGCUAGAGAUAAUUGUUGAGCACUAUGGGCUUGAAGUUGAUCAGUCAACUAUAACUAUUUUUGUCUGCCUGGUCCCAGUUGUCAUGGAUGCAUGCGUGAAACUUUGGCUGUUUAAAUUCCUCCCACGUUUGUCUCCAAGGGUGACAAAUAUAUUUCAGGAAAUGAAACGACACUAGUCUGGGUACUGCUUCAAGGGCGCCUUUUGUUUGAAAGUGGUCUGUUUUUUUAAAAGAAAGAAGUCUAUGCUGAUUGGCUUUCUUUCAAUUAUAUGGUAGACGACAGCAGUUGAAGGAGUUUCAUUGCGGCCAGCAAAAUCAUCCCUUAAAUCCGCCAACAAAUAAAUACAAGCCUUAAAUAUCAUUUUGAUUUUGAAAUUCAACUCUUAUUUGGUUAGAUCCUGGAAUUGGUUUGUUUGAGAUGGAUCUUUAAAAGUAAAUUGGUGUUUCAAAGUUGAAAACGUGAUGAAAUAUAUUUCUGAUGAGGUUGCCUAGCGUACAUUCGGAUGCUUUGAGAGUGGGGACGAUUUUCAUGGGCACCAAGAAUUUCUUCAUCUUCUAAUGGAUGAAAAUGAACCAUGUGAUUGAUUAAUGGGUAAGAAGUUCCAUAUGAAAUGUAUUUGUAUAUGGAAUGACAGGAAUAAAAGAUCAACUUGGCUAAUGGUCAAAUUGAAAUCCAAGUCAUUUUUAUGUGAAGCAUAGAGGUUGAUUUCAUUAUCAUUAAAUGAUAAUUUAUUGAUUUUUUAUUUAUA